AUGUCUCAAAUAAUUAGAGGAAACACGUUAAUUCUCAGUGAAUCAGACCAAGAAUCACACAUGAAUUUAUCGAUUAACUAUGAAGCUUUUGAUACUUUUAUGGAGCCAAACUCAGCUGAUGUAAAAGAUACGAGAAGAUUUACCCCGAAUCAGUCGAAGGUUUUUAGUAGAGUUACCCCGAAAUCCACAAGGAGCUUUUCACCGAGCUUUAUAGUUAAACAUUCAUCAGAAAAAACUUCUCCUGCUGUAAGGUCGAGGUCUCGAUGUCACAGGAAGCCAAGUCCUCCUCAGAUGUCAGAGCAAGAUCUCAAUAAGAAAAUUGAACAUUUAGAAAAACAACAGAAAAUGUGGAAAGAAAGGGCUUUGGUAUGAGAUAAAGAAAAGAGGUUUUUGCUGAAACAAUUAGAAAAUGUAAGAAAUAUAUAGUCUUUUCCUCAAGAUCCAUCUGGGUAUUAUAGACAUCAUUUAAAGCAAUGGCAAGUUAGCCAGGAUAGUUAUUUAAAAAGAGUUUCUGAAUACUCAGGGAAAUCGGAGGAUUAUAAUAAUGAGAGCUCUGUUAAAAUAAAACUAGAAGAAAUAUACUGUGCUGAAUUAAAUAAAAGCAUUAUUAAUAGCUCAAGCAAAAUUUAUUUAUAAUUUUUAAAAAAUUUAUUUUAAAACACAAUAAAAAAACUACUCCUAUGAAUAUCAAUCCAAAAAGAUGAAAAUUCUUUAAAAUACAUCAAAAUUGCUGUUAACGAAGAGCUAGAAAAACUGAAGACUUUUACAGUCGACGAGUCCUUAACAAAGGACCCAAAUUUACCUACUUUUGAAUUUGAAAAAAGCAUAGAAGAUUUCUCAACAAGUAAAAUCGAAGCAAACACAAAAACAGCGUGAAAUGAUUUUAAUCGUAAAAAUGCUGAAUUAAAUGAAUAUAUAGGCGAACUUGAAAGCGAAAAUAAAAAAAUAAAAGUAUCAUUUAUCCAGGAAUUUCUAAAAGAUCUCCAGUAUAAAAACGAAAAUUUAAGCCAAGACUGCAAUACAAAAAAAAAGAAAAUUGAAGAAUUAUUAAAUAUUUCUAGCGCCAUGCAAAAAGAACUGAAAACUAAUAAAAAAGAAAACCAGGACUUAAAAAACGCUUUAAUUUCUCUGGAAACUGAAAUAGAAGCUGUUAGUAGAGAUUUAAGGUAAUUUUUAGGUAGAGAAAAAGAAUCAGAAAAUUUGAUGCUAAAAUCUGUGAAAAAUGACAAACAUAAAGUAGAAAAACUAAGCCAAGGGUAUAAUAUAAAAGUAAAACAAAUUGAAGCAGAGCUUGAAAGCAAAAGCUAUGAGAUCCGCAUUUUGGCCACAGAAAAGCAGAGGCUACAAGAAAACUUGUUACAAUUCCAAAAGAUUAACGAAGAUUAUGUGUUGUGUAUUCAAGAACUGAAAGAUAAACUUAAAGAGCUGAGGCUAAAAAAUAUUGAUUCAAGCUUAAAUAAAGGAAAAUUCGAAAAAGAAAGUUCCAUUUCUCAUAUAUCAGAAGAAGAAAUUGAUGAUAUUAACGUUCUUGACAUUCUGCCUGACGAAAGCCCUGAAGAAUCAAGAAAUGAACCACAAAAAAACAACUACGAAAUCAUCAUAAAAGACUUAGAAGACCAAAUAGUAACCCAAAAAUUGGAAUAUGAAAAAGAGCUUCAAUCCUUAAGCGGAAUCUCCACUUUUGAAGAUUUCAGCGCAUUUACCUCCUGCAUGUGUUCAGCUCUAGAAGAAAUUUUCAAUUCGCAAAUAUAUCAAUCUUAG